UGCACCUUUCACUCUCUCUAUCUCUCAUCUCUCGCCGCCUCUCUCUCUUUUCUCUCUCCUCUUUCUCUUUUAUUUCUCCCCUCUUCACUUUCUCUUCUUUCUUCAACCCUUCAUUUUCCAGGUUCAACUUACCCUUCAACGUUGACCCAUCUAUUACCCAAUCCUCCCGAGAUCUAAUCCUGUAACACCCUAUUUUCAUCUUAAAGAUCUGAAGUUAUUAUGUGCUGGUGUUUGUGAAAAAAAGAAGAAGAUUUGGAUUAGUCAUGUCUUUGGGAUUGACAAAAAGUGAUGAUUCGAUCCACAUCAGGGAGGUUUGGAAUCAUAAUUUAGAGGAAGAAUUUGGUUAUAUUCGAGAAAUAGUUGAUGAUUAUCCUUAUGUUGCUAUGGAUUCUGAGUUUCCUGGUGUUGUUAUAAGACCAGUUGGAAAUUUUAAGAAUAUAACAGAUUAUAAUUAUAAGACUUUGAAAGAAAAUGUUGAUAUGUUGAAGUUAAUCCAACUAGGUCUUACUUUUUCGGAUGAAAAAGGGAAUUUGCCAACUUGUGGGACUGAUAAGUUCUGCAUCUGGCAGUUUAAUUUUAGGGAAUUUGAUGUUGGGGAGGAUGUUUAUGCUAGUGAUUCCAUUGAGUUAUUGAAGCAAUGUGGGAUUGAUUUUGAGAAGAAUAGUGAGAUGGGUAUCGACUCGAAUCGCUUUGCUGAGCUUCUUAUGUCAUCUGGGAUUGUGUUGAAUGAUUCUAUCAAAUGGGUAACAUUCCAUAGUGGGUAUGAUUUUGGGUACUUGCUCAAGUUGUUGACUUGCCGGGAUUUGCCAGAAACGCAAUCCGGGUUCUUCAACUUGAUCAAUAUCUAUUUUCCUAUGGUGUAUGAUAUCAAACACUUGAUGAAGUUCUGCAAUAGCCUCCAUGGCGGGCUUAACAAGCUCGCCGAGUUGUUGGAGGUCGAAAGAAUUGGGAUUUGUCACCAGGCUGGCUCAGAUAGUUUGCUCACUUGCUGUACAUUUAUGAAGUUGAAGGAAAAUUUCUUCAAUGGCUCCACUGAGAAGUAUGCUGGUGUACUGUAUGGGCUAGGUGUUGAGGAUGGUUAGGGGUUAUACUUUUAACUCUUUAGUUAUGGAACAAAUAAUAACCUUGACCAAACCAAACCAAACCAAACCAAGCCAUUGUUGAAUUAUUGUGUCUGAUUUAGUCUGUUGUGGAGUUUCCAAUUUGUCUUUGUACACAUUUAGUUGAAGGGUAUUGUUGUUCUUAAGCUUAUAAGAAGGGUGUCAGUCACUUUGUAGCUUGUGUAGUAGAUGUCAAUCAUAAUCUCUGUAACGGAUAUCUCGGCUCUUUUAAGGAGCAUGAGCUCUCUGUAAAUUAGAACAGUCAGUUGUUCAACAAGAAACUAAUCAUGCUUACGUUCUUUUCAACAAGUUUGUUCCUCUAUUUCUGAA